GAGUCUGUCAUGCUGCUGCCAGGCCCCUAAUCUGCCAUGGGCCCCUAUAUACCGCCUCCUCAUGCUGCUGCCAAGUCCAGAGUCUGUCAUGGUCCCUGUACGGCCUCCCAUUGCUGCUGUCUCCAUCGCCCAUCGCCACACUCUGCUGCCAUGUGCCACUUUCAGGUCUCUUCACACUGCUGGUGUGUUAAAUUUUUUGACAUAGGGUGCAGGCAGAUUACGGGCCUCACAUAGCUGCUGCCGCCCCUAAUCUGCCAUGGGCCCCUAUAUACCGCCUCCUCAUGCUGCUGCCAAGUCCAGAGUCUGUCAUGGUCCCUGUACGGCCUCCCAUUGCUGCUGUCU